AUGGAUAAUGCUAGGAGGUUAAUUUUGUUUGAAUUGAACUCUAGAGCUUGGAACGGGGGGGAUGAGUUAACCCAGAAGGGCAAAAAGUUGGAUUCUAGUAUUAAAAAGAACACUGGAUUCAUAAAGAAGCUGAAACAAGGAAUAAGCAAAGACUCUAAAGACUCGCUGGUCAAGGACUUAGGUGAGAUUUCUCUGGAAAAGUAUUUGUCUGAGCUUGUAGUGACGGCGAACGAGGGUCUGUAUAAGGUUCCUGGAAGAAACGAUGACAUUGUUGCAGCUGUCGAAGUGAUCAGUGCUUUACAUCAGCGGUUUGGUACGCGAUUCACGCCUUCUUUGAUGGAGCUCUUUUUACAUAGUUUUGCCAAUCCUGCAAUUGACUUAGAUUCAGAAAAAGAGGAACUGGCGAGAGUAAUGAGGCUGAGAUGCCAUGUGCGUAUUUUCACCGAAUUGUACCUAGUCGGAAUUUUCAACACUCUUGAAUAUUGUACAAAGGACAAUCUUCCUGAAUUUGUUGCCAGAAAGCUGUCCAAAAAAGAGCCCAUUUUAUUUACCAUACUCAGGGAAGUCCUUAACCACAAAUUCAAGACAGGAGUAACGACGAUCAUAGCUACUAACUUCGUGAAGCGAUAUCCUCAAUUCUUAGCGGAUGAUGACAACUCCCUUGAUAGGCUGAUUGUUGAUGAAAACUUGAAGCGCUUAGUCAAUUCGUUACUGAAAAUAUUUACGGAUGCUGUGAUCGCGCAAACUUUGGAGCUUAACAAAAGAUUGCUGAAACUCAAAAGAGAGCACCAGAAGGCUCAAAUUCGGACGGGAAGAAGUACAGAUGAAUACCUCGAGGAACACGAUUCUCUUAUUCCUCUUUUUGAAAGGUUCGAGGCAGCAGCUCUUGUUUUAUCAGAGUCUUUUAAGUUGGAUAUGCCAAAACUUGAGAAACUCACAGAUUCUGAUGUUUCAGCAUCACCUUCAUCUAUGAUAACAAAUCAAGUUAAGAACUCUCACGACAAAUUAUGGGAAAACGAUGAAAUGAGAAAAUUUUACGAAGUACUUCCCGAUGUGAAGGACAUCAUUAAGAGCUCAUCUGAAUCUUCUGAUGAGUUGAGGCUGGAAAAUUUGAAUAAGUUCUUUUCCGCUCUUGAACUCGCUGACUCCAAAGAAGUUCUCGAUGAGCUAGCGACAAGAUACUGGUCUACUGGUCUUGAUAAUAAGGCGACAAGGAAGAGAUUACUCAGAUUUUUCAUAGAAACACAAGACUGGAGCAAACUGAGCUUAUAUGCAAGAUAUGUUGCGACAAAUGCUGAAACAAUGCCUGAUAUAAAAGAAGAGUUGAUUCAAUAUUUGGAUAACGGGUUUAGAAAUCAAUUGCACUCCAACAAGAUAAAUGUAAAGAAUAUCAUAUUUUUCAGUGAGAUGGUUAAGUUCAUGCUAGUUCCUUCAUUUUUAAUUUUCCACAAGAUUAGGACGCUAAUUUUGAACAUACAAAUUCCAAACAAUAUAGAAAUUCUCACCGUUUUGUUUGAAAACUUUGGAAGAUUCCUGAUCAAUAAUACAGCAUAUAGCGCACAAAUGGAAAAAAUGAUUGAUUUGAUUCGAGAAAAAAAAAAAGAGCAUGAACUCCCAAUUAGCAACAAGUGUGCGUUGGACAAUCUAAUCGUGUUAGUGUACCCACCUUCCUUGAGUAAACUAAACUCAGAGACUAAGAAAUACUCACCAGAGCAACAGUUUUAUCGCAUAUUGAUAAGAAGAGAACUGCAUAACAUAAAAGCAGAUAAGGUUAUCCGUUUAGUUAGGAAAGCACAUUGGAAUGAUUCGCAUAUCGUGGAAACUUUCUUUUCAUUGUUCACAAAACCCGAAAAAGUCGGAUAUCAAUCUCUCGAGACUCUUUCUAGAGUACUCAGUGGAAUAUAUCCUUAUUACAGAAGUUUUGUUUUGAGAGUCAUAGAUACUAUACUGGAAAAAAUUGAGCGUGGCCUGGAGCUCAACGAAUUCAGUAUGAAUAUGAAAAGAAUUGCAGAUGUAAAAUAUUUGACUCUUAUUUUUAACAAAAAUUUGAUCAAGUUCGAGGUUUUGUUGAAUGCUAUGUAUAAAAUCAUCAAAUUCGGGUACCUAAAUGGGCAACCUAAUCCAUUUUUAAUUAACGACCUGGAUUUACCGGAUAAUUACUUUCGCAUUCAGUUAAUCAGCACGAUCUUACUAAGUCUAGAAAAGAUUACACCAAAGCUUACUAAAAAGAUAACUCUCUUUAUGAGAUUUUUUGAGUUUUACAUUUUGACGAAAGAUAGGCCGCUUCCAAAAGAGACUGAGUUCAAAAUUUCUGACGUGUUUGAUAAAUUUGCUCCAAAUGAAACUUUUGAAAGAUGCCAUGAAGUGACGGAGAGCGCUCAAAAGUUAGCUGAAAUGUUGGAAGACAUGGGCCUAGCAGGUUCUUCUAAUGCUUUAGAGUACCCGGAAGAAGAAGAAGAAGAAGAAGACGAUGAAGAUGUCGAAGAAGUACCAGACGAAGAAGAAGCUGCUUCAUCCGAUGAUCGCGAGUCGGGAGAUGAUGUUGCAAGCGAUGACUCUGCUGAAGAGGAAGAUGCUGAGAAUUCCGGUGAUACCUCUACAGAUGAUGAUACUGAGAAUGAGGACAGUGACGAAGACGUGGACAAUUAUAUGAACGCUGAUAGAGACUUCGAAAGGAGAAGGAUACAAGAAGAGCGCGAAGGCAAGCUUCGUGACGAGGAGGAGAGAAAAGCUGAAGAAGAGUUGGAGCGCCAGUUUCAAAGCAUUGUAUUAGAAUCAAUGGAGAGCCGCAAAAAUCAGAAAACUACAACGAAUAAUAUUCCCAUGUUUUCAUCAGGCGUCAGCCCUGACCAGGAUAAAGAAACAUAUAAUCUGACUAACUCUGAUACUCCUGAUAAAUCUCAGCGAGUAGCGUUCACCUUUUUGAGUAAAUCUGGCAAAAAGACGCAAGCUCGAACUUUAGCAUUGCCACGCAAUCUCAAAUUUGUAUCUGAUGUUCUUGAAGAGGAACAAAGAGUUAAGAGUGAACGAGAAAAAAUUAAGAAAAUCGUUUUGAAUCGAAAAUUUGAUUAA